AUGAUCUAUGCCAUAGAACAGAUUAAUAAUAACACUCACCUGCUUCCUAAUACAACAGUAGGCUAUGCAAUCUAUGACACGUGUGAUAAUAUAGCAGAAGCAACAAAACAGAUGUUCACGCUAAUCUCUGGAUCCAAAGCUGAGGCAAAAGGCAUACCAAACUAUAAAUGCCAGGAGAAGUUUACAUUAUCUGCUGUUAUUGGCGAAUCCGCUUCGGUUAUAUCCAUAGCAAUGGCGAGGAUUUUGGGCACCUACCGCUAUCCCCAGAUAAGCUAUUUUUCCUCCAUCAAUGUCCUGAGUAAUAAACAUGAAUUCCCUUCCUUUUUUCGGACUAUACCAAGUGACACAUUUCAAACCACUGCUUUGGCGGCCAUAGUAGGGCAUUUUGGCUGGAAGUGGGUGGGCACAUUAGCUGAAGACAACGAUUACGGGAAUGUUGGAGUUCAGCUCUUCACUGAGCAGGUUUUACGACUUGGAGUCUGUAUUGCAUUCUCUGAGACAAUUCCUUUAAAGUAUUCCAAGACUAAAUACUUGCAGAUUGCUAAAACCAUAAAGCAGUCCUCAGCAAAUGUUAUCAUUGUGUUCUCUGGAGACACCAACCUGAUACCCCUGGUUUGGGAAAUAGCCAAGCAAAAUAUUAGUGGUAGAACUUGGCUGGCAAGUGAAGGCUGGAGCACAUCGGCAUUUGUUAUAGAAAAGGAGCAUGCCCAUUUUUUUUGUGGCACAUUGGGACUAGCUAUACCCAUAGGGACCAUACCAGGUCUUAAAAGUUUCCUGCUCCAGUUGAACACUCAACAGGAAACUGUAGAUAUAAUGACAAAAUCAUUUUGGGAACAAUCAUUCUUGUGUUCCUGGCCUGAUCAUACUAAUAUACAAAACAAUAUGACUGUUUGUACUGGUAAUGAAGAUCUUUCAUCGGUGAACAACACCUAUGUAGAUGUGUCACAGCUGAGAAUAAGCUCUAAUGUCCACAAUGCAGUAUUUGCUAUUGCAUAUGCACUCAAUAUCUUCUGGUCUUGUGACAAUGAACCAUGUACAAGAGGGCACAACCUAGAACCCUUUCAGUUGGUAAAAGCUUUAAAAGCUGUAAAUUUCACAGAUCCGACUGGAAAUCAUCACUACUUUGACAAAAAUGGAGAUCCAGUGGCAAAGUAUGAAAUUGUUAACUGGAGGAUUGGAAAAAAUGGCUUUUUAAGCUACAAGAAGGUGGGAAACUACUAUGGCAGCACAAUAAUGGACCAUGAACUAGUGAUUGAUGAACAGAUGACCUUGUGGAAUGGGGGCGAGUCUCAGCCUCCACUAUCAGAGUGCACUAAAGGCUGCAGGCCUGGAUUUAGAAAAAGUAUCUUGCAGGGGCAACCAGUAUGCUGCUUCAGCUGUAUUCCAUGCCCAGAUGGGGAAAUAUCCAAUGGAACUGACUUUGCUGACUGUAUUCAAUGCCCACUAGACUACUGGUCUAAUAGGAAUAAAGAUGCAUGCAUUCCCAAGGAGGUAGAUUACCUGUCUUUUGGAGAGCCACUUGGAAUCACGUUCUCUGUUGCUGCUGGGUUGGGUGUCUGCCAAACUCUUCUGAUCACAGUGGUGUUCAUAAAAUAUAGAAAUACCCCAAUUGUCAGAGCCAACAACUUAGAAAUGAGCUUCCUACUGCUUUUUUCAUUAACAUUAUCUUUUAUUGGGGCCUUCACUUUCAUUGGAGAACCUUCCACUUACCUGUGUGUCGUUAGACAAAUAGUGUUUGGCAUAAGCUUUGUCUUAACUAUAUCAUGUAUCCUAGUAAAGACUUUAGUGGUCAUUCUAGCUUUUGCUAUGUCAAAGCCCAACCAGGGAGUGAUGAAAUAUUUCCGCCCAUCUCAUCAGAGAAUAUUAGUUGGAUUCACAACAAUUAUUCAGAUUGUCAUCUGCAUUGGGUUCUUAUCAUCCACUUCUUCUUUUACAAAGAAAAACAGGGAAUCUAUGAUGACUAAGAUAAUUCUAGAGUGCAACAGGGAGUCGGAGCUGGCCUUCCUAGUCUCUUUUGGCUAUAUUGGCCUGCUGGCAAUACUUUGCUUCUUCUUAGCAUUUUUGGCCAGGAACUUGCCAGACAGUUUUAAUGAGGCAAAGUUUAUAACAUUCAGCUUAUUGGUGUUUGUUAUGGUCUGGGUGAGCUUCAUUCCUGCUUAUAUCAGUACUAGUGGCAAAUACGUAACGGCGGUGGAAAUCUUUGCCAUUCUGUCAUCCUCUGCUGGAUUGCUUGCAUGUAUAUUUUUUCCUAAAUGUUACAUCAUAUUGCUAAAGCCAGAUAAAAAUUCAAAGAAAAACCUCACCGGAAAUACCUACCUCAGAAAACGUAUAUGA